GGGGGAGGAGGUGGCCGACGGUGGGGCUUGUAUAAGCGCAGGAGGACCAGAGGAAACAUCGGUGGCCACAGUUAGGCGGGGAAAAUACAAGCCGUAUGCUUCCAGAUGUAUUAGCAGCAUAGUCCGAAUUUUUGGUGUCCGUCUACGAUGUGCUCGUCUCGAAGCUAUGCCUCCGCACGAGUGAGCGGGCUCGCCACAGAGCAUUCUUGGAUCGAACGGAGGUGCUGUGGCUGCCUCGCCCUUUGCCCGGUAGCCCAGGGACGAAGAUUACUCCCUCGCAUCGAGUUUCACUAUCCUCGCAUUCCCUUUGCAUUGCACGCACGACCCCGCAAGCCAGCCGGACGUGCGUCCCGCUUUGCGUCCGGCGCUAAGAGGUCCGAGUGCACGCGCCGCCAUUCCGCAGGCCACAAACGCUUAGGCGCUCAAUCGAACAAAGAGAGCGCCUGUCCGUUCACUUGUCUUCCGACCGUCUUGCCCUCAUCGCCAGCGCACGCGCCCUCCACGGAGCAUUAUUCUCGCGUAAACAGACCUAAAGAAGACAAAUUAGCAAGAUGCAACACUGCAGACUCGGUCUCGUACACGACGGUGCAUGGCAAUGCGGAUGUCCCGACGCAAGGCUCAAAGCCUGAUGUAGGAAGUCACGAUGAUGAUGUUGAAUGCGAGCCGAACUCUCAGAACCAGCCAUUGCAGAAAGGCAAAGUAGAGACGAGGAACCCAGCUACAAACACGAACCAAAUGACGACCAACGAAAGUCAACUGGCCUGCAAUGGCUUUAUCCCGACCCGUAUACCUCGUCGGGGAGACGGUGUGGACUUCUGUACCGGUACAUCGGAUGGCAGAGGUCUAGGCACGCUUGCCCCUGUGGGAUCCGCGAGAGCAAGGUGCCCUAUCAGCCUCUGACUGCAGGCUGCUCAGGCUCCUGGGGACGAGGUACGACGCCGCGCAUGAGCUCGUCAAGGUGUGUGUGUUAUGAUACC